AGAUGGGGAGGGUGGGCGGCGGCGCCGGGCGCUGUCGGGGGGUGAGUGGUUGAGGGGCGUGAUGGGGGAGGCGGCCGUGGCCGCAAGGCCGUGCCCGCUGCGCGAGGAUAGCUUCACGCGUUUCUCGUCGCAGAGCAAUGUGUACGGGCUGGCGGGCGGUGCGGGCGGGCGCGGGGAGCUGCUGGCCGCCACCCUUAAAGGCAAGGUACUGGGCUUCCGCUACCAAGACCUCCGACAGAAAAUCCGGCCCGUGGCCAAGGAGCUGCAGUUCAACUACAUUCCCGUGGAUGCAGAGAUUGUCUCCAUUGACACCUUCAACAAGUCACCCCCAAAGCGGGGCCUGGUGGUGGGAAUCACGUUCAUCAAGGAUUCAGGGGACAAGGGCAGCCCCUUCCUUAACAUUUACUGCGACUACGAGCCUGGCUCUGAGUACAACCUUGACUCCAUUGCACAGAGCUGCCUGAACCUGGAGCUCCAGUUCACUCCUUUCCAGCUGUGCCAUGCAGAGGUCCAGGUCGGGAAUCAGCUCGAGACAGUGUUUCUCCUGAGUGGGAAUGACCCAGCCAUUCAUCUGUACAAGGAGAACGAGGGGCUGCAUCAGUUUGAAGAACAGCCCGUGGAAAACCUCUUCCCAGAGCUCACGAACCUGACCAGUAGCGUCCUCUGGCUUGACGUCCACAACCUCCCUGGCACAUCCCGGCGACUCUCCGCCCUUGGCUGUCAGAGCGGUUAUGUCCGAGUUGCCCACGUGGACCAGCGAAGCCAAGAGGUCCUGCAGACAUGGACGAUCCUGCAGGACGGCCCCAUUUCCCGGGUCAUCGUGUUCAGCCUCUCGGCCCCCAGGGAGACCAAGGACCCCACAGAGCGGGAAGAGUACAGCGUGCUCGUGGCCAGCAUGUUGGAGCCGGCAGUGGUAUAUAGGGACCUGCUGAGCCGGGGCCUCGAGGACCAGCUUCUCCUGCCCGGCAGUGACCAGUUUGACAGCGUCCUCUGUGGCUUGGUCACCGACAUGGAUCUGGAUGGGAGGCCUGAAGUCCUGGUGGCCACCUACGGGCAGGAGCUGCUCUGUUACAAGUACUUCGGCUCGGAGUGCGGGCUGCCCCAGGCUGAGCACGGAUUUCGCCUGCUGUGGCAACGGGGCUUCUCCAGCCCGCUGCUGGCCAUGGCGCACGUGGACCUGACCGGGGAUGGGCUGCAGGAGCUCGCCGUGGUCUCCCUGAAGGGCGUGCACAUCCUGCAGCACCGGCCCCCCUCUCGUUCCCCACAGCACAGCCUGGUCCAGGCAUCAGAACUGGUUCUGACCCGGCUUCGGCAUGAAGUGCAGCAGAAGAGACAUCAGUCGCAGAGGACUGGGGACAGGGCGGGUCCGGGGCCCACUGAGACCUCGGCCUCCUGAGCUCCCACCCACUGCCCGUCCCAGGCCCAGGGGCAGUCACUGGAGUAAUUGCCUCUAACCGUUCACAGUGGCGAAGCCUCCUGAAGGAAGGGAGGGUCUCCCCAGGCCCCCGAGGAUGGUGGAACUGGGAGUCAGUGCUCUGACUCUGCCCCCUUGUGCACUACAGGCCUGGCUGACACACUCCUGUCUCUGUACCUCAGUGUCCCCGUUUGAAAAAUGGGACAGUCUCACCCCCCUGAUCACCCCCAUGGAGACUUGGUCAACCUGUGAUUAUUUAUAUGUCCAGAGGAAGUGGA